UACAAGCUUGUACUGAGAGGAGGAGACGAUUACAAGGAGGGUUAUUCUUGGGAAGAAGUGACUGACUUGGAUGGCCACGCUGUGUUUUUGGGGUCUCACCAGUCGUUCUGCCUUGCUGCGGAUCCACUCAACAAUGGGGUUAGAGGAAACCGCAUCUACUUCGUGUUCGAUUCCUUGGGUUGCAGGUACUAUUGCUCCGACAAAUAUGGCAAUGACUGUGGCAUGUUCGAUCUUGUGAACAAAAGGGUUGAGAGGUUUUGUCAUCGUGAUCCUAAUGACAAGAUGAUUGUGGAGAGGAAGGCACGUACCUUUUGGUUCCUCCCGAUGCCAUGGGAUAUCCAGAAGCACAGAAAGGAUCAAGAAAGGAUGUUGGAGCAGGCAAAACCUAAGCCGGCCGUGGACGUCGCCAAGGUAACGAAGAGGAAGACCAAUAAUAACAAAAAACAUCAUCAGCAAAAGGAUGGUAAUAAGAUCACUCGUCUAGCGAACAGAUUCCAGGCUUUAUUAACCGCAGACGACGAAGAUCAUGAAGAUGAAGAAGACAAAGAAUAAUGAUCAGCGUGACCAUGAGCACUACUUUUGCCUACCCUCACUACUCCAGCUAUCAUCAUCUUGCCUAAUCUGCAGCAGAGCCGCUUGUGGCAAAGUAUUGUUCCUGCCAAGAAGAGCUGGGUUGCCACAGUGGCAAAUCCGUAGUGGAAGGUUUCGUAUCAGGACCAACAUUCAAUUACAAAUACUUCUCUGAAGAUAUUAUUGAGCUUUCUUUUUGUUAGUAGCUAGCUAGCAAAAAACUCAUUUAAAUAAUAGUUGCAGGUAGCCAACAUAAUCAUUCUCCAAUAUAAAGGAGGGGUUCUUGCGCUACAAGACUGACUCCAAUUCGGUCUGUAUUUAUGGCGAUAAUCGCUAUCUGAUUCCCCAUCUGUGGCAAUGAGAUGCCGAUUCCCUGGGUUUUUUGUGACUGGGCUACCACCCCUUUUUUAGGAGUUAGGGU